GACUCAAGAUGGCCACCGUUCCCACUAGCCCCUCGGCUAGCCAGUGGGCCAGGCAGCCGGCACGAGACGGCACGGGCGGCUCGCCUUGGCCGGAGGCGCCCCCGGCUCAUCUCCGGCCACCGGCCGUGGGCGGAGUGCCCGCCUCCUCCCGGCGCGGCCAAUCAGCGCGUGGGGCCGUCUCGGCUGGGGCCGCCGGCGUGCGGGGUGUGUGAGGACGCGCUCCCGGUCGCCGAGUGCCUGAGCAGAGGAGCAGUUGCCGUGGUACCUGCUGCUGCUGGUGCUGCCGCUGCCGCCGCUGCCGCUGCUGCCGCCGGUGCGGACACAGAGCUUCGGACGCGAGCGCUGGUGCGUGGGGCAGGAAGGUGAAGCCAUGACGUCCGUCAGUGAAAAUAUUCUCUUUGGGAUGGGAAAUCCUCUUCUUGACAUCACUGCUGUAGUGGAUAAGGAUUUCCUUGAUAAGUAUUCUCUUAAACCAAAUGACCAAAUCUUGGCUGAAGACAAACACAAGGAAUUGUUUGAUGAACUUGUAAAAAAAUUCAAAGUCGAAUAUCAUGCUGGUGGUUCUACCCAGAAUUCUAUUAAAGUGGCACAGUGGAUGAUUCAGCAGCCACACAAAGCAGCAACAUUUUUUGGAUGCAUUGGGAUAGAUAGAUUUGGAGAGAUCUUGAAGAAGAAAGCUGCUGAAGCCCAUGUGGAUGCUCAUUACUAUGAGCAAAAUGAGCAAACAACAGGAACUUGUGCCGUGUGCAUCACUGGUGACAACAGGUCCCUUGUAGCUAAUCUUGCUGCUGCCAAUUGUUAUAAAAAGGAAAAACAUCUUGAUAUGGAGAAAAACUGGACACUGGUACAAAAAGCAAAAGUUUAUUAUAUAGCAGGCUUUUUUCUUACAGUUUCCCCAGAGUCGGUAUUAAAAGUGGCUAACCACGCUUCUGAAAACAACAGAAUUUUUACUUUGAAUCUGUCUGCACCAUUUAUUAGUCAGUUCUACAAGGAAUCAUUGAUGAAAGUUAUGCCUUACGUUGACAUACUUUUUGGAAAUGAGACGGAAGCUGCCACUUUUGCUAGAGAGCAAGGCUUUGAGACUGAAGACAUUAAAGAAAUAGCCAAAAAGACACAAGCUCUGCCAAAGGUGAAUCCGAAGAGGCAGCGAAUCGUGAUUUUCACCCAAGGAAGAGAGGAUACUAUAAUGGCUACAGAAAAUGAAGUCACCGCGUUUGCUGUCUUGGAUCAAAACCAGGAAGAAAUUGUUGAUACCAAUGGAGCUGGAGAUGCAUUUGUUGGAGGUUUUCUGUCUCAGCUGGUCUCUGACAAGCCCCUGACUGAAUGCAUCCGUGCUGGUCACUACGCAGCAAGCGUCAUAAUUAGACGGACUGGCUGCACUUUUCCUGAGAAGCCAGAUUUCCACUGAUAGAAAUGCAGGAAAUCCAAGCCCAGUGGAACAGAUACUGCCCUGAUUGCUUCCUGAGAAUUCCCAUAUUAAUAAAGAAGAAAAUUAUCUGCCAUCUUUUCCUACUAUAAUAAUAAUCAUUCUUAAUUUGGAGGGUACAGUAAUUCUCAGUAGAAUCUUUAUUCUCUCAACAACCUAAAAAAAUAAUGUCUAUUUCCAUAGUUUGAUCGUGCCACUUAAAUGUUGAUUAAACAGGAAUAUAACAUUUCAAUGGAAAUUUUUAUUUCAUUUUCAAUUACUUUGUAAAUUCAUGUGUAUUUAGCAAAUUGAUCAGUUUUUUUACAUUUCUGCUUUGAAUGCAGAUGUGAUUUAAUAUAAUAGAUUUUUAAACAGGACUUAAUUCUAAAACAUCAAUCUUCAGCUUUUUAUACGAGUAUACUUAAUUUAGGAGUAUGUGUAUGUAUAUAUGUAUGUGUGUAUGUGUAUACAUACAUAUAUGUGUACCACAUAUAUAAAUGAUAAGUGGUCAAAUAAGGUACAGAAGAAUUUAUCUUGCCAAGUUAUGCCAAAUAACCUCUUUAGUGCAUACUCAAACAUGUAAUAAACUUUGGAUAAUUAAAUAAUUUGCCAAAUUAUAAGUUAUAGUAUUCAAAUUAUAAUCUUAUAUUUACCUAUGGUACUCUGUAAUUUGAUACAAAUAAAAACUUGUCAUAUAGGAA